AUGUCGGCAGCUGUUCCUUCUAUUUUGUAUCUUCAUGUUUAUCAGGGUGAGCAAGAUAUAUGCUGGGUAUUACGGCCUGGUUGGAAGGACCAACCUCGUGAUCCCUUAGAUGUCCCUGCUACAUUGCCCCUACCGGUGUCCUCGCUCUCGUGGCAGGCCGCACCUCAGCUUGAUCAUUUCGAAAUAAGUUCUCCGCCUCUCCCCCUGAACGGAGUCACGCAAUUCCUACGCCAGCAUCUUUCUUUUCUCGCGCCAAGACAUAGGAUCGGGCCACCAGUCGUUGAAGUCGCACCUGGGCGGAAAUUCCGUCGACUUGCUGCUGCCAAACUACCGGAAUACAAGAAAGUAGACGAUACCCGAUAUCCGUCUCGCCAGCAGGCUACCGUACCCCAUGAAGACGACUUAUCUGACAUCGAUUCGCUCCCAGAUGUGCAUUGGUGCAAUGCGUUCCUCUGCUAUUAUUCGUGUUGGUCACAUGGCAGAUUGAGGGUACCUCCUCGAUGGCGCUUGGAGCGCGUUGACAUACCUCGCCAGGAUGGUGCAGCAAAUAGCAGCCAUGAUGGUGCCCACGGUCACACUUAG